UUUGUUAUCCAUGAGCUGAUGAUGAAAAAAAUGGAAAUUUUCCAUCCCAUCUGAAUCCCUACAUCUGCACCCAAUGUGGGCAUAGAUCUGGGGAAGAAACCCCCCUUAUUUGUUGGGUUUUUUGGACCUCAUUAUCGAGCCUGAGAUCUGCAAGUUACAACCGAUUUUGCUGCGGAAUCGCCAACAAAACGCAAUUUUGAGGAAAAAAUUGGUCUGGAUUCCUGGUUGUCGUUUGACUUAUUGGUUUUUUUUGGAAGGUUUUCUUUUGGUUUGAGCUAAUCCUUACGCCCAUGGCUUUAUUUCAGAUCUUAAACCAGAAUGUACUUUGAGUUUUUGAUUCACUCUGAAACUUAGCCGAUUACUUUUAUUUCUGGGGGGAUUCUGUUGAUUCUGCCCAUUCGCUCAAGAUGGUUUUCUGGGAGAGGUAUUUGAGUGACGAAGUGAUGGGCACCAUUGCACCGGUUGUAGUUUAUUGGUUAUACGCUGGACUUUAUCAGCUACUGCCACCUUUGGAUAAUUACCGUUUGCAUACAAGAAAAGAGGAAGGAGAGAAGAACUCGGUACCCUUGUCAAAAGUGAUUAAGGGUGUUUUGCUGCAACAACUUGUUCAGGCCAUGGUCGCCCAGGCAGUCUUCUUGUUGACCUCAAAGCCAAGUUCAUCUGGAGUCACAAUUCAGCCCUCGCUUCUUGUUCAACUUGUGCAGAUCUUUGUUGCAAUGCUGGUCAUGGACACAUGGCAGUACUUUGUGCAUCGGUAUAUGCACAUUAACAAGUUUCUCUACCGUACUGUUCACUCGCAGCAUCAUAGGCUGGUUGUCCCUUAUGCCAUUGGGGCUCUUUAUAAUCACCCGCUUGAGGGUCUCUUGCUUGACACUUUCGGUGGUGCCCUCUCAUUUCUGGUAUCAGGAAUGACUGCUCGUACCGCUGUGAUCUUUUUCUGCUUUGCCGUUAUCAAAACUGUUGAUGAUCAUUGCGGGCUUUGGCUACCUUGGAACAUCUUCCAUCUUGUCUUCCAGAAUAACACUGCUUACCAUGACAUUCACCAUCAACUCCAAGGUUUAAAAUAUAAUUAUUCUCAACCGUUCUUCCCUAUUUGGGAUAAAAUUCUCGGGACCCACAUGCGUUACAAUCUAAGAAAGCGACCUGAAGGGGGCUUUGAAGCGAGGGCAGUGAAAGAUUAGUUCACACAACUGACCAGUGUAACCUCUCAGGAUCUUCUCGGUACAACAUGUGCUCGUCGACUGGGGUUGAGAUUUGGAAGCUCCCCCUGCUUCUGCUUGACACAAUCCCACUAAUGGAAAAGAUGGACCCAGAUAUGGGGUAGUACGAGUAUCAACUGUUAAGCGGCUAAGAGUUUUGGCAGGAGUUGGAGUUGGUAACUGAAAUUAAAUUAGGUCAUUGCUUUGCAUUAGGCUCUGUUUUCUUCUUGUGAAGUGUGUGUGGAGGUACUUCAGCGGACUACCCAUGGAGUUGGACCUUUGAGCUGUUUUGUGCAAUAUAUUGUUCUUGUUACAGAUCUUGCUGUUUAUUAGUUGAUGUAUUUAAUGUUGGAUUUGUAUUUGUCGUGUCACGUGUGCAUGACAUAUUAUUGAGUUUCAUAACUGAAAUCAUCGAUGAUUAGUGACUAAUGAUAAAUGUUUUUUGUCA